ACGCUAAGACGGCGAUGGACGUAGAAUGGUAUAAAACGGUAUAAACCCAUUGAAAUGAAUAAAUUAAAUUGAAUUGAAUGGUCAAAGAUGGAUAAAAUGAAAGGAAUUUGCUGAUGUUGACAUUUUUGCGAGAUUAAAAGAACUCUCCGGAAUAAGGGCAUGUGCAAAUGUAAGUAGAAGAAGACAGAGAUUGAGUGUGGAUGAGGGAUAGAAGAUAACCAGAUCUGGAAGAAAAAUAUCCUCGUGUCUUUUGGCGCCAUUCUUCAAGGAGAAAAUUCAUCAAAAUCAAACGAAAGAAAUGGAGGAUUGGCAAGAGAAGGAUUCAGUGUUGGAUUACGGUUUUUCUGGCGUGAUAAUUGAGACAAGUGAUCCCCAAGGAGAUGGCGCAGUGGGUCAGGAGCCUCCUGAACUCACCAGCCGAACCAGAACUCCCAUAGAAGACGUAGAUUUGGUGUAUUCACGUGAAAAUAAUUUGCAGCUGCAAAUUCAUCCGGAUGAUGUGAAUGUACGGAUUAUACAGGCUGUUAAGAAAUAUCCUUGCCUGUUUCAUCGGAAGACUUCUCACUACAAAGAUCCUGUUUAUACGAAAAAUCAAUGGAGGGAUGUGUCCAGAGAAGUCUAUUCCACGCAUCUUUUAGAUGAGGACUGUCGCAGGAUAUUCAAGGCCCUUUUCCGGGAAUUUUCUGUAAUUUACGUGAUUCUACGUGAUCGGAAACUCAUGGAAGAGGGCUGGCACCGCAAGAAGAUAUUCAUCUACUACGACCACAUGCUCUUCUUCAGGGAUCAAGUAAACAUUCCGCAGGUGCGACAGAAUGACGUGAAUGCCUUUUUGAAGAAGACCCGAAAAUGGGAAUGGUGGAAGGAACAUAAAGCUAAGAUUGAUAGACAAGAGGCUGCUAAAGCUAAAGCCCUCCAAGGAGGUGAAGAACAAGAAGUUGCUGCCCCAGAAGCAGAGUCAAAUGAUGGGAUUGAAAGCUUGAUGGAAGAUAUGAAUCUUGCUUAUGUUGUAGAUAACAAUCUUCAUGAGAAAAUCCCUCCGGAUGAUUUCAAUCUGAAACUCAUUAAUGCCAUUAAGGUGUAUUCAUCUGCAACCAAUGUAUACCCCAGGAUGAUGAAGAAUUCCACCGUGUCCAUACAGGAAAACGAUAAACUCUGGGCUACUGUUGCCGAAAGUCUCGGCGCCACAGAACGCAAAUGCAGGAAUGUUUUCAGGGAUCUUCUUAAUGAAUUUUCCGUGAUCUAUGGAAUUCUACAAGAUCGUGAAUUAGUAGAGAUGGGCUUGCAUCAUCAACGAAAAAUAUUUAUCUACUACGAUCACAUGCUUUUCUUCAAGGAUCUCAUUGAUGUUCCUCUUGUGCGACACCAUCAAGUACAAUCCAUAGUGAAGAGAGCUCAAAGGGCCCAAAGGAAGCAACACAGAGCACCUGAGAAUGCGCAAAUUAACCACGAAGACGUUGAUAUUGAAGAAAUAAUUGCAAAAACAGGUGAUCUUGAUGUUGCGUACGUGAAAGAGAAGCUCAAGCACCUUCAAAUUCAUCCGGAUGAUCCAAAUGUGAAGCUCAUUGAAGCUGUGAAGGAGUAUCCUUGUCUAUAUGACAGGAACUUGCGUUAUAAAGAAUCACGAGCAUGGCAGGAAAUAACUCUCAAAACUAAUAUUAAGAAAUCCAGAAAGAAAUUCCAAGCUCUCUUUAGGGAAUUUCAAGCUACAUUCGUAAUAUUGAGAGAUCCCCAACUCACAGCGGAAGGUCUGCCAAGACCAUUCAUCUACUACGAGAGAAUGCUCUUCAUGAGGGAGAAAGUUGAUUUUAAUCACGUUAAAAAGUACGUCGUACCGUUGAUUUUGAAGACGCAGAAGAGGAAGAUGAAGAAAAUGCAGAGAAAUUCAUGGCGCAAAGAGAAUCAGUCAGAAUCCGGAGGAAGCUUCCGUAGUAGCCUUCAUUCAUCCACUUUGUCUGAGCUCAACUGUCCAACAAGAACUUCCGAAGCAUCCACCCAGGAGGAAGGUCUUCAGUGGGGAAAUGUCCUUCAUCCGCAGGAAGUGACUUCCUUCUUCUACCAACUCUCAGAAAAAGUAACAAAAUCCAAUAUUGGCUAUGAAACUUUUGCGGAAAUGAAGAAGGAAAUUGAGAUGGUUGUUGAAGGCAGAAUGGCUAAAAUUUAAUUACUUUUUACAGAAUUAUUAUCCGUUAAUAUUUUUGCCAUUUUUGCACUUCAAUAUGUUGUUUGAAUUUAUGAAUUAAAUAAUUAUUAAAUCAACAAGAUUUACAUAAAUAAUUUUGCCAAAAUGCCGUCAUUUAAAUGGCAGCCAGGCCAGCUAAUAAUUUAGACCUCGAUUUAUUUAAAUGUUGACUUCGUUGUAAAACUUCAAAGAGAAUUUUAUUCAAUAAACCGAAUUUCAAACAAAAAA